GGACCCUCUAGCUGCCGGUUACAUUCCAACCGCCCGGAGCUUCCCGCGCGCCUCUCCCUCUCCCUCCCGCGGCGGCGGCCGCCCGGUGUCAUGGCUUCCUCCGAGGUGGCCCGGCAGCUGCAAAAUGAUAAUUGUCGACCCUUAUCUUUGUCUGGCCAUGUUGGUUUUGAUAGCUUACCAGAUCAGUUGGUUAACAAAUCCAUCAACCAGGGCUUCUGCUUCAACAUUCUUUGUAUUGGGGAGACUGGAAUUGGAAAAUCAACCUUGAUAGAUACUUUGUUUAACACCAGUUUUGAUGACCGCGUAUCAACACAUUUUCAACCGAAUGUAAGACUCAGAGCUCAGACCUAUGAACUCCAGGAAAGCAAUGUUCGAUUGAAACUGACCAUUGUAAAUACAGUGGGAUUCGGUGACCAGAUAAACAAAGAAGAUAGCUAUCAGCCAAUAGUGGAUUACAUAGAUGCACAAUUUGAGGCCUACCUCCAGGAAGAACUGAAAAUUAAACGCUCCUUAUACAACUACCAUGACACUCGCAUCCAUGUCUGCCUCUAUUUUAUUUCACCUACCGGCCAUUCCCUUAAAACGCUUGAUUUGUUAACCAUGAAGAAUCUUGACAGCAAGGUGAACAUUAUACCAGUCAUAGCCAAAGCAGACACCAUUUCUAAAACUGAACUACAGAAGUUUAAAAUCAAACUCAUGAGUGAAUUGGUUAGUAAUGGAGUCCAGAUAUACCAGUUUCCAACAGAUGAUGAAACCAUUUCUAAAAUUAAUGCCACCAUGAAUGGACAUUUACCAUUUGCUGUAGUGGGGAGUAUGGAGGAAAUGAAGGUUGGAAACAAAAUGGUGAAAGCUCGACAGUACCCUUGGGGCAUUGUACAAGUGGAAAAUGAGAACCACUGUGACUUUGUAAAGCUUCGUGAAAUGCUUAUUUGCACAAAUAUGGAAGACCUGAGAGAACAGACUCAUGCACGGCAUUAUGAGCUGUAUAGACGCUGCAAACUGGAAGAGAUGGGCUUCAGAGACACAGGCCCUGAAAACAAACCAGUCAGGGUCCCCCUACUAAAGGGUUACACAGAUAGCAAAAAGUCUAUAUAUCACAGCCACGCUUCUGUAGAAAGUCUACAGGAGACCUAUGAAGCUAAGAGGCAUGAGUUCUUUGGCGAAUUGCAGCGGAAGGAGGAGGAGAUGAGACAGAUGUUUGUGCAGAGAGUCAAGGAGAAAGAAGCAAUAUUGAAAGAAGCUGAGCGAGAGCUGCAGGCUAAAUUUGAACAUCUUAAGCGACUUCACCAAGAAGAGAGGAUGAAGCUGGAGGAAAAAAGAAAACUCCUGGAAGAUGAUAUGAUUGCAUUCAAUAAAAGGAAAGCUGCUACUGAGUUACUUCAAGCACAGGCAUUUGCAUCUACACCUAGUGUUAGUUUGAAAAAAGACAAGGACCGUAAAAAGGAUCCAGGUUUUCGGCUUGAACUCCUGUGCUUUGAUGUCAGAGAUCAUGAAAUUGUGAGCGUGCAGGAACAGAGUGAGAGGGAGAAGUUAGAAAGGGACAGAAUCUCACACAGGGAAUUCCAGAAAUAGCAAUUGGAUGCAAUUGUCGAGUUUUAUGGGUUUAGGCUUUAUGUAAUACAGAGGAUUAUGGCAAGCAAAUGUUAAAAAUUAUACAAGUAAGCUAUGGUUUCCUAUACUUAUUCUUUUUCUUCUGUAUUUCUUACCAAACAAAAAUUUGGAAAAUGGCCAUUACUCCUGCAAAUUAAAGAAGAAAAGUAUAUGGUCAAUAUGCAUACAGUAUUGUAAGUUACUGUUACAUUAAUAUAAUUUAAUGAACAUUUCCAUUAAGCAGCUACGUUGAUAUGCCCUUAUACUUUAGGAGCAUAUGACCAAGUCACACUUAAGUGCAUUGUACCAAAGAAAAUAUCUCUACCGUAGACAGUUUUCAUUCAUAAUAUGAAUGCUGUAGUACAGAAGUAUUCAGUGAAUAUAUAUAUUAUAGCCUUUUGAAAGUAAUUUUGAUACGUUAUGUUUACUUAUUAAACAGCAUUUAAUGUAACUUCUGAAGUGUUUUGAAAUGUAUUAAAUAUUUAAAUCUGCUCAAAUAACCACUUAUUAAUUUUGCUGACAAUGGUUUGUUUUUUAUAGAAACACUGUUCUGAUUUUGUGAUCUAAGCUUUCUAAUGAAAACGAAUCAUGGUCUUCAGUGCUGCAGUGUUGCAUGCUAAUAUAUUUGUAGUUGACAUUACUAAUUGAAGACCAAGUCAUUUAAAAAUAUAGUCUAAUCCACUUUCAUCUGCUUUUCAGUCUUUGGCCUCUUUACAUGUAUUCCCUGGUUCAGAAACUGGGCAUUUUUUAAAUAAACUGAGCUAUUAAAGACACACGAGUAACUUUA